UGUAUGUGGUGGAGUCCAGUCAGAUGGUUAGUCAAGCCCUGCCCAGCUUAAGAGACGGAUGGCUGGCUCUUUUGUGAUCUGUCCGUAUUCGUCUGUCUCUGUGAGUGUCCGUGUACGCGUGUGUUACCUGUAGGGCACGAUAAUCAAGGACUUCAAACCUCCUUGUCUGGGAUUUCAUAAAGAUCACUCAAGACAUCAUAGCCAGAGAAAUGAGAUCUGUUGUGGUGGUGAUGGUGGUGAUGGUGGUGGGUGGUGGUGUGCUGGCGUCGCGUCUAGGCCAUGGUGGUGAUGAUGUGAUAGACGAAAGUGAAAAAAGAACAGAUCAAAUCCCUCACCUAACCGACGAUAUGAUAGGAACGGUGAAGAUGGGAAGGGGAGGUGAAGGGCAGGACUCCACCACCCCCAUCACCCUCCCCAUCACGACCCUUCCUCCACCUGCACGACUAUACAGAGACUCGGGGCAGGAAAAUGGCAUUCGAUCCUCUGAUAUAGAUUCUGAACCUACUGAAGAGGGAUCUGCUCACUUAAACUCAAUAGGUAAAGAAAACUAUGGCUCAGCACAAGGAAACAGCAUUCGAACCUCUUAUAUAGAUUCUAAACCCAUUGGAAACGACCUCGAUCACUUGAACUCAAUAUCAAAAGCCGAUUAUGGGUCCUUCUACUCUCUACAUGACCCCAAACGACCCCAAACAGACAGAGAUGACCCCGGACGACCCCAAGCAGGCACUGACCCCACAGAUGACCCUCUUACCCAUUGGAGGCGACUCAAGGCCAUAGGAGCCAAUAUGAGGUCAAUACUUCGGAAGCUUACCGACGAAGGACACCAUGAAGGACUCUCUCUCCUCUACUCCUUGAUGGACGUGGAGGAUUACCUGACGCUCCUUCGAACUGCCUAUCUCUCCUUGCAUCCUGACCUCCGACACUACCUCCUGCAAAGACUGGGAGACGCUACCCUAGGGACUAAAGUGUAUCCUUUAGGACCUCUACUUGAUAUCCUUCCAGAUCCUACGACUGUGACGGAGAUAUGGAUUCCUAGAGGCUUAGAGGUCAUAGGUCAAGCCCUCCACAACCAAAGUAUGAAGUUUGUGAACGAACUGGACACAAUAGAGGAGCUUAUGCUGUCCUCAGGGUUCCUACAGGAGGAGAUUGAUCAGAUCCUUUACCUGGUAGGACUCCCGGCUAUCCAGAAACAACAAGUCAUAAUUAGACCCAUGGAUGUACAGGUUAAGGAUUCCGAUCAUUUGAAUUUCAGCAGAUCGCGAAAUGAAGAUGUGGACAAGGGUAUUGGAGGUGGAUAUGGGCUUGGAGGAGUGGGACACGGGCAAGGAAAAGACGGAUAUGAACACAGGCAGGAAGAAGGACACCAACAGAAGUCUCACCAUCCCCAAAGAAGACCGAGAGAUACCCAGGACGAUGGCUUCAGUGAUAUGGGCUUCCGCAGCUCAAAAACUGGACAUGGUUACCAGAGCAUUGGAUACGGGGACUCAAGUGGAAAUAGGGACGCUGGGAAUACUAAUACGGAUGAAACUGGGCAAGGACACGUACAGGACCCACAUCAAGGCCUUAGAAAACCCAGAUCGCAGAGUGGAUAUGGGUACGAGACCAAUGGAUAUGGUCACUCAGGAUAUGGGGAUGUUGCCAGUGCUAGUGGGCAUGGACAGGGGCAUGGAGGAGGUGGGUAUGGGCAUCAGGACAGCUAUGGGCACAGCGGUGGAGGCUACGGGCAUAGUGGGGGCUACGGCUACAUGCAGUAUAUGCCCAAGUACCAUGACCCUUUGGUAAUCCUGCCCGGCCUGGCCUUCCUUGCCUUCCUCUCCUACAUCCUUUACCUCGCAGCCUCCGGGGCAUCAAAAAGGAGCAUCCCAGACAACCCCACCCUGGAGCUUGACCUCUCUGACCUCCCCACGGUGACCCAGGGGAUUGAGAUGACCUUUGAUGAUGUGAAGGAUUUGGAUGCGGAGGAGACAGUGCGGGUCAUAUCCACGUCCCUGAACGGCCUGUGGAGGUCAUGGGGGGGCGGGGGAAGGAGGGAGUGCCUGAGGAUGCGUCUGUGUGAGGCCCUGCAGCUGCCCGCCUUCGCCUCCUCCCUCCCCUCCGCCGCCGCCACUCUCCGGAGGUUGAGUUUGGUCAGCCUAGCGCAUCUUCUGGGCGUCACGGAGGCUGGACGGACAGACGACCAGGUGAGUGCGAGCACCUGGGGAGGCGGCACCAAGGACACGCACACCUGUACACGGACGCCCCCGCUCCUCACCGCCCCCUGCCCCGACACUGCCAGGGAGGGGAGUGCCAAGGGCUGAGUGAGGGCAGGGAGUGACAGCGACGGGAACAGCUGCUGACAGGGAUGGUGACAGUAGCAUCGACAGACAGUGACAGACAUAUACGGUGACGGGGAGAGAGGAGGGACAGGGAAAGUCUAAGGGGGAGCUACAGACACAGUGAAAGUAGCUCGUCAGAGAAGCGGAUAAGACGAACAUGACAUUAGGGAGGCCGUGGCGGUGGCGGUGUGGUCAGUGUGUGGGCGCUAGGUACCGGAGGACCCAGGUUCAAGUCUCGCCUGCCGGUACAAGAUAUAGUUUAACCCGGUAUCAGCGGGGAUCAUGUUUCUUAAAGGCCCCUCUAAGCGAGAAAUAUGAGAAAAAAUCAUCACUCACACAACGCAUAUCAACGCAUUUAUGAUCAGUUUAUGUAUCAUCUAUUUUUGGGGGUUUAUAUCAUGGCACAAAUCUGGCUCGUCGCUGGUACACGGUAAAGCCACAAAUUUGGCCCAUCGCUGCUACUGGGUUAUUAAGGUUGCCGUAUUCAGAUUCAAUAAAGGACUGGUUCAUUAACAGUGCGGUUGAUGUAGAGUAUGUUGAUGAGUGUGUGUGAUGAGUUCCAAUAUGAUGACUACCUUCAGCAAGUGUUUAACCCCUUGACCGCGGAUUUCCAACAAGAAGACCUCACCAAGCUACAGGAAUGGAACAAAAAGUGGCUGCUACAAUUCAAUGGGGAUAAAUGUAAAGUCCUGCACCUUGGGAGAGAAUAUCCAGCAUACCGAUACCACAUGGGAAACACUCCACUAUCCAACCACAAAGGCAGAGAAAAAUCUGGGAGUAUAAGUAACCAGGCUACCAGUGAAGGCCGAAUCCGCACCAGUCACAGCGGACGGGUUAAGUACACUCAGAGAUAGGUAAGGACAGGUGGUGACAGGUAAGAAUAGAUUUGAUUAGCUGUGUUACCUGUCCUCUUGCAGCCUCCUUAAUAAAAACAAAAUAUAUAUUGGUCACGAAAAUAAUAAUAAAGAAAAAUACGAAAAGGAUAACAUGAAGGGAAGCAACGGUAACAGGAAUGGUGUGAAGAAUAGAAUAGAGAAAAAAAAUAGAAAUGCCAGGGGAUGUAAUAAAUCACACACACACACACACACACACACACACACACACACACACACACACACACACACACACGGUACUGUUAUACUCCGUCGCUUUACCGCCGCGCUGACACAUUCUCUUUGCACCUGACGCCUCUCCUCCUCCUCCUCCUCCUCUUCCUGCUUCACCUUUUCCCCUCUUCCUCAUGUGUUUUCUCUCUCUC